CAUCCGCUUGCGCAAGUCACUAGUUUCGUCGCCAUCAUAGCGACGAGAUCGCGACCGCAUUUGGCCGUAGAGCCAGGAAUUGGGAUAAUCGUCGUUUGCGACGAGAAAGCGAAACAGAGCUUUUGCUCUGUUACACCUGUGUUUUUCAUCAUCCUAAUACCGUUACAUCGGCCGUGAAUUAUCGGCAUCUCGAGGAUUUUUUCUUCACUUUUGACUAUAUCGAAACAUGGCUUAUUGAAGAUGAAGGGCCUGCAGAAAUACAUUGUUUCUCCAUACGGAGGAAACCGUAGCCUCAACAACUCUGGAAUUCAGCACGGACGUAUUCGUGCCAGACAUGGAAAAAAAUACGAAAUUUCCGCAAUCUUCCGCAAAGGCGGUUCCUGCUGAUGCUAAAAAGUCUCAAGAAAUUAUUACAGAUGUCACAAAUAAAGCUUUUCCAAAGAAUUCGCGUAAGCGCGAAUCAGCAGGCACUAGCAGUUUUUCAAAAUCUGAACAAUCAAGGAAGUAUAAUGUACAGAAAACAAAAAAUUUUGAUAAGAGACCAAAACCUAAAGGACAAUAUUAUGGCAGUUCAAAGGAGAAUACCAAGGUAGUGCAAGCAGAAUUAGCUGAGCCCGGCUCGGUAAUGGUCCACGGAAGUAAAAAGCAGAGUUUGAAUCAUCUGCUAAAUUUUCGUUAUGAGCCACGUGAAAUGCAAAAUGGUACAAGUGCAUGGAGUUAUGGAAAAUCAAUGAAGGGUUUCUUUAGAAACAGCAAUAGAUGGCUUCCACCAGUCCAACGACAUAAAUAUAACAAAGAACAGUUCUUGCAAGCUAGCUGCCAGUUUGUUGUAAGUGCCAAUGGCAAUUACACUGUAUGUCUAAGUGAUCCUGAUGUACUAGUUGAUUGGAACCUCAUAGAACAAAUUAAACUUUACAGUUUUGAAAGUUUAUCAUGCCCGAUAUGUUUAUAUCCACCAACGGCUGGAAAAAUGACACGUUGCGGUCAUGUUUAUUGUUGGCAUUGUAUCCUACAUUAUUUAUCACUCUCUGAUAAAUCUUGGCGUACAUGUCCUAUUUGUUAUGAAUUUAUUCAAAAAUCCGAUUUAAAAAGCGUUAACGAAAUCACUCAAAGUACAUUAAAUUUAGGGGAUAUUAUUACUUUACGUUUGAUGCGUCGCGAGAAAGAAUCACUACUUGCAGUACCUGUUGGAUCUUCAAUUCAAAAUCCAACAAACUUUUUCUCAGUUUCAGAAACUCUUAGCAAAGAAGUGUAUUCAAAGCUUCUUAUUGCAAGUACCGAGGAUGUGAUGAAUAUCAUCGAGCAUGAACGUACACAAUUGAAACUUGAAUUAUCAAAAACUCCUAAUUCUUCGGAACAGUAUAUUGAACAAGCGCUUGACGAACUUUCAAAGAGGGAAACAGAAUUAUUGCAAAGGACAAAGUUAACUGAAGUGAAAUCAGAGGUCGUUCCUCAGUGCGAAAGUACAACAUUGGACUAUAAAUUACAAAUAGAAAAGAAUAACAUUAAGAAGUCUCAAUUAGGAUCUCAAAACCAACAAGAAAUAAAUACUUCAACGAAAAAAUAUGUAAAAAAUGUGGAUGAAGAAAUAAAAUCUACAGAAAGUUCAUUUAGCAACGCGCAAUCAACUUCAGGCACAUCAAAAUUCUUUUAUUUUUAUCAAGCGGAAGAUGGGCAGCAUUUAUAUCUUCAUGCAAUGAACGUAAAGAUGUUGGAAAUGCAGUAUGGUAAUCUUGAAAAUUGUCCUCACAUAAUAAAAGGAAAACUCCUCGAGAAAGAGGAAGGAAGUCUUACAGAAGAUUUAAGACGUAGAUUUAGAUACUUGGGUCACUUGCCAUUAACUUGCCAAUUCGAGAUAGCAGAAAUUGAAUUGAAACCACCACUCGUGUCGAAGGAAAUUUUAUCUUCAUUUCGAGAUCAGUUAACGCUAAGACACAAACAUAGGCGACAACGAGAAUAUGAAGAGAGGCAGAGGGAAAGGGAAAUUACUGAGAAAGAAAAUAAACGAAUGGGAAAAUACCCAACUCCUGUCGUACACAUUGAUUCGCAGCAAGAUUUUCCUGAAUUUUCCGAGGAAAAUAUUCCAUCACCACUAGAAUCUAUAGCAACUUCAAGUGCAGCUAGUAGUCCAUCUUCAAGCACAUUUGACGAAAUAGUUGCAUCUAGACAAACUGACAAUGUUACUCGAGAAGCGGUACCAUCGUUUGCGGAAAUGGUCCAAAACACAGGCACACGUUUGAAAUCGCAAACUGUCUGGCCAUCAAUUAAUUCCAGACAUAAGAAACAACCUUCUGCUAUUCAGUUACCCCCAAGAAACAUCGAAGAGGAAGAAGAAGAAGAUUAUGUCUCAGUACCAUCAUACAGUCAGAAUCUUGGUGAUGCUUUAGCAGUUGCUUUACAGCAAAAUAAGUUAGAGACAAAGAAAAAUGGAAAAAAGAAGAAGAAGAAGAAAGGAAAAUCAAUCAAUUUCUUUUAAAAACAAAGAAAAAUGGAGUUGGAAAAAUGAAGAAAGGAAAAAAUCAAUCGUAUUCCUUAAAACUAUUAUGGCACAUGAAUCUUAAUUUCUUUCACAAUAAUGCUUGCACUCUUGUAAUUUCAAUUUUGCAAUUUAAUUAUUUCGUUAUCACAUGUUAUAUUUUCGAUUAUAUUGGGUAUAUGUUAGAAAAUUUAUGGAAUCCUAGUAUAAAUCGUAACAUGUAAUUAUAUAUUGUAUAAUUUUCAUCCUUAUAGGUAUUAUUGAUUGCCAAACAUUUGUUUUCUGUAGCAUUCAGGUCUGUUGUGCUUGCAAAUAAAAUUUAAUUUCAUGAAAGGUA